UUUGAUUGAUUUGUUUGUAAAGUGUUUUAUGUGGUUAUUAUGAAAUGCCGUAUCAAUUGAUUGAUUGAUUGAAUGACCACUUCUUGAACAGACAUUACUUGACUAUUACUUUCAGUCUUCAUGUCUGUCACACUUCACACCGAUUUAGGCGACAUUAAGAUAGAGUUGUUUUGCGAAAAGUGUCCAAAAACUUGUGAGAACUUCUUGGCCUUAUGUGCUUCGGAUUACUAUAAUGAUAGUCUGUUUCACCGAAACAUCAAAGGCUUUAUGGUCCAAACGGGUGACCCGACCGGUACCGGCAAAGGCGGCCAAAGUAUUUGGGACGACAAGUUUGAGGACGAAAUACACAACGAUCUCCGACACAACAGCCGCGGCACUGUUUCGAUGGCCAACAACGGCCCGAAUACUAAUGGAUCGCAGUUUUUCAUUACUUACGCCAAACAGACACAUCUCGACCUGAAGUAUACAAUCUUCGGAAAAGUCAUCGACGGUAUGGAAACAUUGGACGAAUUGGAGAAACUGGCUGUGAAUACGAAAAACUUUCGGCCGCUGAACGACACCCGCAUUACUGGCGUCACAAUACACGCCAAUCCUAUUGCUAAAUGAUUUUAACUGCAUUUUCAUACCAUUAUUAAGUGAUAUAAUAAUAAUAAUAAUAAUAAUAAUCAUUAUCUCAUUA